UUUUUGUUUCGAAAGUUAUACAAAAAAGAAAUGCCACAAGAGGAUCAACUUAAUCUAUUGCAACAUUCUGCUAGUAUUUCUGCUGACCAAGAUUUAGAAUCAGGCUUUACAUCCUCUCAACCUGUAAAUGGCAAUUUAAAUAAUACUAUAAAUAAUGCAUCUUUCGAACAGACUGGAUCAACAAAUAAAAUUAGAGACUAUUUUCAACAGUCAAGUCAUCCUAUUGCAGCUUUUUUCUUCUUGGCUUUUAGACUAGGCGCAUUAUUGACAUAUUUAUUAGGCUCCAUUUUUACAGAGAAUUUUACCUUUGUGUUUGUUAUUACCAUCUUACUUUUGGCUUUUGACUUUUGGACAGUAAAGAACAUCUCAGGUCGAUUAUUAGUGGGGCUUCGAUGGUGGAAUGAAAUUCAACCUGAUGGAUCCAAUAAAUGGGUAUUCGAAAGUGCUAAUCCUAGUAGAAUUAACAAUGCUGCAGAUACGCGCUUGUUUUGGUGGACAUUAUAUGGUACACCAGCUCUUUGGGCAUUAUUUGCCUUAUCUUGUAUCAUUACACUUAAAUUCUCUUGGCUAAUCAUUGUAGGCGUUGCAUUGGCGUUAAAUAUGGCUAAUGUGUAUGGUUACACACAAUGCGAUAAAGAUGCAAAGAAAAGAUGGGCAACAGGUAUGGCUGCUCGUUCUGCUUUAGGUUCUUUAGGUAGUGGUGCAACUGGUUUAAUAGGACAGGCUUUAUCAAGUGGGAUUGGUAAAGUUUUUAGCUCAAGAUAAUAUAUAUUUAUAUACAUGUAUGUGUAUAUGUAUACAUUACAUACAUAAUAAAACGUAU